CACAAUCGGUCGGUCGCGGUCGAUAUCGCGCGCAAAUUUUCUGAACACGUUGUUUUCGGCGUUUGAUGGCAUCAACCUGUUGAUAAAAUCAUCCCUUCCGCACUGCUGAAGAUAUGGCGAGCAGAUCUACUUCACCGUGGAAAGGUUUUUGUGGAGAUUAUGGUUUCUGGGAGCCGUCUCUUUUGAACUCCACCCGCCCCGAUAUAUCACCUUGCUUCCAAGAGACGGUCCUGUCAUGGAUACCUCUCCUCUUUCUGUGGUUGGUGGCGCCCUUCUAUUUCCGCUACAUGCAGAAGCACGAUCGCGGGAGCAUUCCCAUCUCCCACUUGCACAGAGCCAAGACGGUUUUCGGUGGGCUAUUGAUUAUUGUCCCCCUGGGUGAGGUAGCCUAUGCCAUUGCAGAAGUCAUCAUACCAACACACCAAAUAGCGGGGAUUUAUCUUCUAACACCAACACUUGUCACACUAACCAUGAUUCUGGCAUUCAUCAUCAUGCAAGUCCAACGAAUCAAAGGAGUGCAGACGUCCUGGGUGCUAUUCAUAUUCUGGCUUCUGUCAGCUGUCUGCGGCAUUGUGGAGUUUAUAUCUAGGAUAUACUCUGCACGGCAUAGAGAUCAGAUGCAGUUUGACCUGUUCCACUUUGCGACUUUCUAUUUUUACUACGCUCUGGUGCUAGCCAAACUUGUUUGUUCGUCAAUCGUCGACAGAAGGCCCUACUCUACCACAGAUACUAACCCUUGCCCAGAAUCUUCAGUGUCGUUCCUGUCCAGGCUGACGUUCUGGUGGUUCUCAAGCAUGGUUGUGAAAGGUUACAAGAGGUCACUGACCUCAGAUGACCUUUGGUCACUGCUGGACAGGGACAAGGCGGCUGCGGUCAUGCCCAGAUUCCUGAAGACCUGGAAAAAGGAGAAACUCAAAUCGGACCUAUCGGUCCAUCCCCCGGCUGCUAAACAAAAGAAAAUGGGCAGCCAGAUACCCAUGCAGAAGUUGGAGGAAUCUGGCGACGGCCACCGUAACAAAGUUGAUGAAGUCGCAUUCUCAGGAACACCUUCCCAAAACACUAAGAAGCCCGAGAAACACACCUCAGACACUGAUGCUAUCAUGAGGGGCUACAAAGCGUCUCUGUUCAAGACAAUUGCUCGGACGUUUGGCCGCGUUUUCCUGAUAGGAUGCUUCCUGAAGCUUCUCCAUGACAUCUUGCUGUUUGUCAGUCCACAGAUACUCAGAGGACUCAUUAGAUUCACAGCUGAUAAGGGUAUCUACCAGUGGGAAGGCUACAUGUACGCCUGUCUUCUAUUUGUUUGUACCAUGAUUCAGUCAUCAUUGCUUCAUCAAUACUUCCACAUCUGUAUGUUGACUGGCAUGCAGCUACGCACGGCUCUCAUUGGCGCUGUUUAUAGGAAGGCCUUGAUUCUGACCAACUCGGCCCGUAAGGACGCCACCACCGGCGAGAUUGUCAACCUGAUGUCAGUGGACGCCCAGCGCUUGAUGGAGCUCUGUACGUUCGUCAACACUCUCUGGUCCUCACCGUUUCAGAUCUUGGUGGCUCUGUUCUUCCUUUGGCGGACGCUAGGCCCCUCGGUCCUAGCUGGCUACGGUGCCAUGGCAUUAAUGAUUCCACUGAAUGCCUACAUCGCUAUCAAGAUCCGGGGAAUACAGGCGAGGCAAAUGAAGGAGAAAGACGCUCGUCUGAAACUGAUGAAUGAGGUCCUGAGCGGCAUCAAGGUGCUCAAGCUGUAUGCCUGGGAGACUGCGUUCCGAGACAAGGUCAUGGAAAUACGCAAUCGAGAGGUCCGACUGCUACGCAUGUCAUCCUACCUUCAGGCUACCAUGACAUUCAUGUGGACAAGCGCCCCGUUUAUUGUGGCCUUGCUGAGUUUUACUGUCUAUGUUUUCGUGGAUGAAGAAAAUGUGUUGGACGCAGAGAAAGUCUUCGUCUCGAUUUCGCUCUUCAACAUCCUCAAGUUUCCCUUCUCAAUGUUGCCCAGUAUGAUCUCCCGUACUAUGAUGGGCCAUGUUUCUCUAAAACGUCUUGAAACCUUUCUGAUGAAGGACGAGCUGGACACCAAGAGCGUGGAAAGAUUCGUCGAAGGAGACCAUGCCCUGCACAUUAACGAUGGCAGCUUCGCUUGGUCGAGAGGUGACAACUUAAUUUUAAAGAACAUCAAUGUGAAGAUCCAGCCUGGUUCCUUGGUUGCCGUGGUGGGUCAGGUGGGAUGCGGCAAAUCAUCCCUCCUGUCUGCAUUGCUGGGAGAAAUGGAGAAGAUCAGUGGAACGGUCAACGUCAACGGUUCAGUGGCCUACGUGCCCCAGCAGGCCUGGAUCCAGAACGCCACACUCAGGAGUAACGUCAUGUUUGGGGCACCGAUGCACGAGACGGAGUACCAGCGAGUCAUUGAAGGCUGUGCCUUGGCACCAGACCUGGAGAUACUGCCGGCCGGGGACCUGACUGAAAUCGGCGAAAAGGGUAUCAAUCUUAGCGGCGGUCAGAAACAACGGGUCAGCCUGGCACGAGCCGUCUAUAAUGACGCCGACGUCUAUCUCCUAGACGACCCCCUCAGUGCCGUGGACUCCCAUGUCGGCAAGCACAUCUUUGACAAGGUGAUCGGGCCCCAGGGUCUCCUCAAGAACAAGACGCGGGUUCUGGUCACUCACGGGAUCAGUUUCCUGCCUCAAGUCGAUCACAUCAUCGUCUUGGUUGAUGGUGAGAUCACGGAGGUUGGUUCCUAUGCAGAGCUGCUGUCACACAACCAAGCCUUCGCCGAAUUCCUGAGGAACUACAGCAAUGAGGCCGAGGAUGCUGAAGAAAAUCUGCCAGGAGACGUAGAAACAAAAGCUGCUGACGGAUCACCCAGUCAUAGAGAAGCAAGCCCAACUAAGAUAUCUACGGCCUUGAAAUCCCACCAAGAGGAGGAGGCACUGAAAAAGAAGAUAUCUGAAGAUCAGCUGAAGAAACAACGAGAGCAGGAUGCGACUAAAGCAGCCCUGGCCAAGGAAGGAGACACUCUGAUCAAGAAAGAGACAUCGGAGACAGGCAUGACGAGGAUGCGAAUCUUUAUCCUGUACAUCCGUUCGCUGGGCAACUUUCUCUUCCUUCUAAUCUUCCUGCUGUAUGCUCUCUUCAACGCUGACGCCGUGUUUAUCAACGUCUGGCUGAGUCGCUGGAGUAGUGAGGAACUGGUCAACGGAACCACUCCUGAGGAGAUACGGGACAAGUACUUGGGAGUUUAUGGUUUCUUGGUCUUCCUACAAGGUGUGCUACUACUCUUGGCAGCCAUGCUGCUAGCGAUGGGCGUACUCAAGGCCUCUCGUUCCCUCUACCUACGCCUCCUGACUAACGUCCUGCGCUCCCCCAUGUCGUUCUUUGACACCACGCCAACUGGUCGCAUCCUGAACCGCUUCAGCAAAGACACGUACACCAUUGAUGAGAGCAUUCCCUUCGCGGUGGCCUCGUUCUUGAGGAUGUUUAUGCUGGUUGUGGCCACGUUUAUCGUCAUCACCUGGAGCACGCCCAUAUUUGCAGUUGUCAUUGUGCCGGUGAUCAUAUGCUUUGCGCUUUUACAGAGAUUCUACGUAGCCACUUCCCGUCAGCUGAACCGGAUUGAGUCCGUGGCCAGAUCGCCGAUCUACGCACAUUUCUCCGAGUCCAUAGCAGGAGCUACAUCCAUCCGUGCCUACGACAGCUCCGAGCGAUUCAUUAAUCAGAACCAGAACCUUGUGGAUGUUGAUCAGAUUGCUUACUACCCAACCAUCAUAUCCAACAGAUGGCUUGGAAUCCGUCUAGAGUUUCUCGGCAGUGUGCUUGUCUUUUUCGCCUCCAUGUUUGCUGUGAUUGGUCGAGACAGUCUGAGUUCAGGAAUAGUUGGUCUCUCCAUCUCCUAUGCGCUAGAGGUGACUAGCAUUAUGACUAUGCUUGUCCGUGGCACUUGCAACCUUGAAAACCACAUUGUGGCUGUGGAACGAGUUGAAGAGUACUGCAAUAUACCAACAGAGGCACCGGAAGUUGUUGAAAGCAAUCGGCCUGCCUCUUCCUGGCCAGACACAGGCAAAGUGGAGGUGAAUCGCUACAGCGUGCGCUAUCGGGACGAUCUGGAUCUAGUACUGAGGGAAAUCUCCUGCCACAUUGAACCGGGAGAGAAGUUGGGCAUCGUUGGUCGUACCGGUGCAGGCAAGUCGUCUCUAUCCAUGGCGCUGUUCCGAAUCCUAGAGGCCGCAGCUGGCUCCAUUAAGAUCGAUGAUGUUGAUGUCUCCACCAUUGGUCUCCAUGAUCUCAGAUCACGCAUCACCAUCAUUCCCCAGGACCCGGUGUUGUUCGCUGGUACCCUGCGCAUGAACCUUGACCCUUUAGACCAGUACCCGGAUGACCUCCUUUGGGACGUGCUAAAACAUUCCCAUCUGCAAUCCUUUGUCUCGGAGUUGCCUGAGAAGUUACAGUUCAACUGCACAGAGGGAGGGAAAAAUCUAAGUCUUGGUCAGCGGCAGUUGAUCUGCCUGGCUCGGGCCUUGCUACGAAAGACCAAGAUUCUAGUCCUAGAUGAAGCCACAGCUGCCGUGGAUCUAGAAACUGACGAUCUGAUCCAAGCAACAAUACGCACUGAGUUUGCCGAGUGCACGGUCAUCACCAUAGCGCACAGACUCAACACUAUCAUGGACAGUACCAGAAUUCUUGUCCUGGAUGCCGGCGAGAUUGCAGAGUUUGACACACCCAACGAGCUGUUGAAACGAGGAGGAAUCUUCCAUUGUAUGGCCAGGGAUGCAGGGUUGAUCUGAGGGGAACAUCAAGGACAAGGUCCUGCGAUGGAAGACAAGGCCUUCUUGCUAAGCGUAAAUCAGUUGCUUAUAAGAAAUAAAUGCUGUGAACCAGUCACAGGGCCGAUCACAUUACACAUUUUAGUUGGUAACCAGGAAACAAUUUCAUGGUUAUGCUAACCACAGACCUUUCUGCUUAUGAUCAACGCUUAAAUUCUGCGCUUAAAAUUCCUUGCAGAUCCUUUUAAAUACAGUUACUUUUCAGCAAAGGAGAUUCAGCCUCGGUUAUCGAAGAGUUCCUGACUUAAGGUGAGCAGAGCCAUGAAAUUGGGACCUGGUCUUGCUGAAUAAUUGGGUUUUUUUGUUCAGCAUAAUUUUGUGCCAUGGCUCCACAAUAGAAACCCACCCUUAAACAAAACCCCCCUAAACUCAACAGUGUAUUCCUGAAAUGAAAUCACAUCAAUCAGUACCCACAGUUGUCGGGGAAAGCAUGGAAUAUUUUAAAUAUUUAAAAGAAGUGCACUUUUCAAUCAAAGUAACCAAAAGGAGAUGUCAAAUAGCUUUGACAUAAUUAAGUGGAGUAGACUGGCUUAAAAUAUGUUUUGUUUUUCCACUUUUUUUUUCAUAUUAAUAUGUAUAUCCCUUUUUAGCAUUGCAUGUAUUUUAUAAUGGUUUGAUCUUUGAAUACACUUUACUGUAAAAGUGGCGAUGUCACAGAGAAAAGGCAAUAUGUUUCUACAUUAAGUAGAAAAAAAAGGUUGUUUUAUGUAUACAGUAUUCCUUCUUUAGAAUCUAAUCUUUGUGGAAUGUGUGUUGGUUGUUUACUCAGUAUUACAGCUAAUUGUAAAUAUGCAUUCAAAUGUUGUAGAAGUGUAGGAUUGCAUGUGUUCAUGAUGUUCGAGUUAAGUGAAGUGAAUUUUGAUUUUUGUUUUAUUUUGCGAUCUUUAGCUGAAUCAGUGCUAAUGAGAGAAAUUUUAAUUAUGAAUUUUAACUAUAUUACUAGAUGAAGCUUUUAUAGUUCAAAAUGUUUUUGCUGCUGUUUGUUAUAAGGUUUUACAUGUAUUCCGGGCCUCAGCAAAAUAUGCAGACAACUAUUUAAAACAAAGAUUGCGGUUUCACAAGUACCCACAAUGUUGAAAUACUACUGAAAUUUUUUAACAGUUCAAAUGAAAUUGUUCUUAUCUGUACACAAACCAUUUCUAGAAGUAAGAAUUUUUGAAUUUUCAAUGAGUAUUGGGCGAAAAGUAUAAAAGUUUUAAAAU